AUGCUCUAUAGCCUUGGGGCAGCAUAUAUGGCCAAAUUCCAAGCCUAUGCAUAUGAACAUGAGCUUGGGCAGGCAAUAGUGGUCUAUGAGGAAGCAGUUCAGUUGACUCCAGAUAAGGCUGAAAGAGCCCAGUACUUGUUUGCUUUGGCAUCUGCUCUGGAGUCUAGGUCUGAGAUGACUGGGAACAUCUCUGAUAUUGAGACAACAAUUACCUUGUUGAGUGAAGCUCUUGAGUUGAUACCAAAGGAUCAACCUGAGAGAUAUCAAUAUGUUCAUAAGCUUGGGCAUGUCUACCACAGCUGUUUUGACCACACCCAUGACCUAUCCCACAUUGAGAAAUGCAUCUUGACUUUCCAAGAAGCUGUUGAACUCUGUGGUGUCCACAACAUUGAUGCUUCAGUAGAUGUCAGUCAUUUGGGAGAUGCAUAUAGGCACCGAUUCCUGCUUUUAGGAGAAAUUGCAGACCUCAAGUAUGCUGUGGAAUUGCUUGAGAAGGCCAAACAGCUCUGUUCUCAACAUGAUCAUGACAGACCCACAGUACUCAUGCGCUUGGGAACUGCAUAUGCAGCACUCUUUGAACAAGAGAGAAAUGUCAGAGAUCUCCAUAAGACCAUAGAGACAUUCAAAGAAGUCAUUGCUCUGAUGCCUGCAGAGCAUCUGGACAGGUCCCCAUUGUUGAAUAAUCUGGGUGCAGCCUAUCUGGCAUUGUUCAUAGAGACUGAAGACACACAGUACAUGGAUUUGGCCAUUGAGACAUACAAGGUGUCUCUCUCUCUACUGCCUGAGGGCCAUUCUAAUAGACGUGGUCAACUGUCAAACUUGGGAAAUGUGUAUUCAACCAGAUUCAUGCACCAACAUGAACUGUCAGAUAAUGAUGCUGCAAUUGCUCACAUCAAACUGGCAGUUGACCUGACCCCUGAGGGGCAUUCAUUCCUACCUGUGGCAUUGGCCAAUCUUGGCAAUGCUUACCUCAGAAGAUAUGUCUUUGCUAAUGAUCAGGCUGCAGAGACACAGUCCCUCCAGCAGGCAGUUAGUUAUUUCAGGCAAGCUGCUUGCUGUGGCUGUGGUACUUCAUCAGUCAGACUGUUAGCCUCAUUCAGAUGGGCUGAUCAAGCAAAGAGAUCAAAGACCUUGGAGCAUGAGUGCAUUGAUGGUUAUAAUCAUUUCUUCACACUGCUACCUGAGGUUGUCUGGUUGGGAAAAACUGUGGCUCAGCAACACAAGGAUAUAGCUAUAUGGAAUGAGGUUGCACCUCAAGCUGCUGCUGCUGCAAUCAGACUUGGCAAGUACUCAAAAGCCAUUGAGUGGCUAGAGCAAGGGAGAUCUGUAACCUGGAACCAGCUCCUUCAGCUACGUUCACCCUAUGAUGACUUAGCCAAUGCUUAUCCUUUGCUUUCUGAUGAGCUCAAAUCUGUCUCACAACAGCUUGAGAUGCUAGGUCAUGACAGAGAACAUGAACAUGCUGCACAUCAUCAUGAUGCCUUAGAGGAAAUUUCCCAGCUUCACAGAAAGCUAGCAGCCAGAAGAGAUGCUGUGGUGAAAGAGAUCAGAACACUUCCUAGCUUUGAGAAUUUCCUGCAGCUCAAACCUUUUAGGGAGCUCCUAGAGGCAGCUAAGGAAUCACCAAUUGUACUGCUGGUUGCACACCAGGAUGGCUGUCAUGCAGAUGCACUCAUUUUGAUUCCAAACCAUGAUUCUGUCAUUCACAUGCAUCUAGAAGAUUUAUCAAUCAAAGAGCUACAAGGGAUGCAGAAGUCAAUGCUGGGUUAUAUGGGUGGGCAUAGCCAGAGGAGUGGACUGAGUGAUGCUGAGAGAGCUGCAAAGAUGAUACCCACUGGAGGAGUUCCCAUGUAUUCCCUCCAUGAUGUGCUCAGCAAACUGUGGACCAAGCUUGUCAGCCCAAUUCUCAAGAAACUCAGUUCAACCUUCCCAGUAAGGAAAGCCAAAACUCAUCUGUGGUGGUGUGUUACAGGUGUCCUGAGUUUCUUGCCAUUGCAUGCUGCAGGAGACUACAGCAUCACUGAGCCUGGUCAUAAGAUAUCUGACUAUGUGGUGUCCUCAUACACUCCUACCCUCACUGCAUUGAUCAAGGCCAGACAGAAGGUUGUUGAGGCUGCUCCAACAAUACUGGCCAUCUGUGAGACUCAUGCAAAGGGGUAUCCUACCUUGCCAGGAGUCAUUGAGGAGCAGAAGGCUAUAGAGGACCUGGCUGUCAAAGCUCAGGUCUAUUCUUGCUACUUGCAGGACAGUGAGGGCACUAAGACAAAUGUUCUAGACAAACUGCCUACUGCAUCUUGGUUGCACAUGGCUUGUCAUGGGGUACAAGACUCUGAAAACCCCUUGAAUAGUGCCUUCAUCCUUCAUGAUGGUACUCUCCAGCUAUCUCAGAUCAUACAGCAGAACCUAGGCCAAGCAGAUUUUGCAUUCUUGUCUGCAUGCCAAACUGCUGCAGGUGAUCUGAAGCUGUCUGAUCAAGCAGUACAUCUAGCUGCAGGCAUGCUAUUUGCUGGGUUCAGGACUGUCAUAGCUACCAUGUGGUCCAUCAAGGAUGAGGAUGGACCUGAGGUUGCCAGAGAUGUCUAUGCUCAUCUGUUGGAUUCCAAGGAUAGUACACAGGCUGGAUAUGCUCUGCACAAGGCUGUACAGAACCUUAGGAAGAAGUAUACAGGUACUAAGGAUGAGGACUUACUAGCUUGGGUUCCUUUCAUACAUAUUGGCUGCUGA